AUGAUUGAGCGUGCUCACAUAAUUCGGGCCCCGUACGAAAAGAGAAUGAAGGACAAAGUCUGGAUCACAUGCAUGCUUGUUCUUAUCACCGGCUUUGGUGCAAUUUCAGUUACUGCCUUUGUAUGGCCAAAUUCAGAGGUAUCUCCUGAGGACAGGAAAUGCAGGAUCGGCCAACUUCUCAAAGUCACCGUCCCUUUGCUCACAUAUGACAUUAUUAUCAAUGUCAGCCUCACAACACUCUUUGUCCACCUUCUUCACCCAUUUUUAGCCCCCAAAGGGAACAGAGUCUCGCUAGGACACUCCUUAUCUUCACCAAAUCAAGACCGUGUAAUAGGAAGGCUACGGAGGCUAGUUAUGAAAACGAUCAUCGGAGCAAUUCUCAUUAUGGUUCCCACAUUGGCAAAUCUGAGCGUUACAUGGACAGUUACGGUGGUUCAUUGGUUAACUGCUAACAGCCAAGACGUCGACGAUGAUCUACGCAGCUACUAUCGUAGCUACCAUCGCAGCCUCCAUGGCAACAAUCUUACGCCGCAGUCCCGGGCUAUUAGCGACAGUCUUGGUCCAUUCAAGAACACUACCAAGCCAGAGCCAGUGGCGCUGACAGGGAGCGCAAGUCCCGAAGUACUUACGCGACCACCGCCAGUCUGCAUGACUGCGCCUUAA